CAUAUUUUCUAACAUAUUGACAAUUAAUCAUACCAGUCAAAUACCAAAUGUCAGUUGUUUGGGGGACCGUCUCUUCCCUGGCGUUAAUUGUGCAUUCUCAUAUUGAUACAACAGUUAGUUAUAAUUUAGUUUUGGGUGGAAAACAGGAUCAACAACCUCGUUUUAAUUUCAUAGCGAAAGUAAAAUGGUUACAUGUCCUCGAUUUCACAUUUAAAUGAAAUUAAAUUAACAGAUAUUGGAAGGGUGUUUGGAUCCUUCAAGACCAUUGCAUCGUCUACUGGUACCAACGACAGUACCACCAAGAGGUCAACAAUGGCUACUACAGGAAAAGAAGUGGUUACUACACAAUCUACCACUGUGGGAAUACAACCCUCUUCUGUUUCUACGACCAACUAUAUCUUACGUACAACUGGAUCUACGACCAAAGAUUCCUUAUCUGCUGUUCGUCCAACUACUAAAGAAGACAACAACGAUACCCUGACCAUCGCAACAAUUGCCAAUCUGUGUGUGCUGACUACCAUCGUGUGCAUCAUUUUGUUCCUUAAACUGGUGAAGCCCAAAAUGAGCAGAUCAUCUCCAAGCCAGAAUCCCUACAGUUCGAGUCAUGUUGAACACACUGGUGAAGCUGAAUUCGAUCACUACAACUAUCUAUCAGCAAUACCCAGCAAUACGCACAGCAACGUAAACUCUCUUGGACAUUCUGAAAGUCAAGAGUAUGCAUCAGUAGACACGUUCGGGAACCUAGAAGAUGACCCGCCUAGAGACGUCUCUUAACUAAGAUUGUUCCAUUGAAAAGCUUUUAAACUAUACAAAUAUCACCAGUCACCUGCA